GCGGUCCAGCAACUUAUGACAGGCAUGGCUUUUAACGUCUGACAGCUAGAUUCAUUGUUGGUUUAAUAGCCAAUCGUCGGUUUUGACGACACACGUCUAAUGUAGGUUGGAAUAUAAAAAGCCCUCUUGGAAUAUACAAGAUUCACCCAGAGUGGUGAGUUGUCUCGGAUUGCAUUCGCCUUCUGAGAUUCACGGUGCACUGAAAGAUUACAAAAAAAGAAGAAGAAGUAGAACUAAACAACCGUAGAAAGGGAAGGAAAAGAACUGCACCGAAUGUGAGGCCAUGUUGAAACUAAAAAUGUAUCUUUAUGUCUACCUUUUCAUGUUAAUCAUACCUGGCCCAGCGGAUCUUAACGAAAGCCACCAGGCAAAUGAGAACAUAGAGAAAGAGGGACUGUGUAAUGCGUGCACGUGGAGGCAAAGUACGAAAUCGUCCAGAAUAGAGGCUAUUAAAAUCCAGAUCCUCAGCAAACUGCGCCUGGAACAAGCGCCUAACAUUAGCCGGGAUGCUAUAAGGCAACUUCUACCCAAAGCGCCUCCGCUCCAAGAACUGAUAGAUCAAUAUGACGUCCAGCGAGACGACAGCAGCGACGGUUCGUUGGAAGACGACGAUUAUCACGCUACCACUGAAACGAUUAUUACAAUGCCCACGGAAUCUGACUUUCCUAUGCCAGUGGAAGGAAAACCCAAAUGUUGCUUUUUUAAGUUUAGCUCUAAAAUACAGUAUAACAAAGUAGUGAAGGCUCAGCUGUGGAUAUACUUAAGACAAGUCCAGAGGCCCACGACAGUGUUUGUGCAGAUCUUGAGACUCAUCCGACCUAUGAAAGAUGGGACAACUUCUACUGCAAUUCGAUCUUUAAAACUUGAUAUGAACCCGGGCACCGGCAUUUGGCAGAGUAUCGAUGUGAAGACCGUGUUGCAAAAUUGGCUCAAACAACCUGAAUCCAACUUGGGCAUUGAAAUCAAAGCUUUGGAUGAAAAGGGACGAGAUCUUGCAGUAACUUACCCAGGACCGGGGGAAGAGGGCUUGAAUCCAUUUCUAGAGGUCAGGAUUACAGACACACCGAAAAGAUCUCGUAGAGAUUUUGGUCUUGACUGCGAUGAACACUCAACAGAAUCUCGAUGUUGUCGCUAUCCGCUGACGGUGGAUUUUGAAGCUUUUGGAUGGGACUGGAUAAUUGCUCCCAAGAGAUACAAGGCGAACUACUGCUCUGGGGAAUGUGAAUUCGUAUUUUUGCAGAAAUACCCGCACACUCAUCUUGUCCACCAAGCGAAUCCGAGGGGCUCAGCAGGCCCUUGCUGCACUCCUACUAAGAUGUCCCCAAUUAAUAUGCUUUAUUUCAAUGGAAAAGAACAAAUAAUAUAUGGAAAGAUCCCUGCCAUGGUCGUGGACCGUUGUGGCUGCUCCUGAGUUCCUCAGUAGGUUUGCUACGUCAUAAAAAUGUGGAAUCUACCAAAAGUACCCUUCAGCAAUCUUUUGAAACUGUGAAUUUUGUACUAUAGGCCUACCUCUAGUAGGCUAUACGAUAGGCUGUUAGAAAAUUUCCUGCAAGACAAGCUACAGUAUGUGAACUGAAAGACAUUUGUGUACGCAAGAGCUGGUUUUAGCCAGUGAAAACGAUAAGCUACAAUCAAUCUCACAGGAUUUCACAAUGAAUUUCUUUUUCUGGAAAGGGAUAUGUUUUCAUUUAUGCAACAACGUAGUCAGAUAACAGUUUCAGCAGAUAGGAAUAGAUGAAAAGCAACUCCGUGUAUUCCAGAUAAUGAAAAGGAGUGAGCUAUAAGAUGUAGUCUAAACAGGUUUAGUUUACUGUUGUAUUUGCAUUGGAGGAUACAUCGGUGAUGUGUCAAGUAUCACCGAGUUGUCCUCGAACACUUGAAUGGAGUUUAGAGUAUUAAAAACUGAUAAGAUGAAAUUCCACAGAACGUUGACAAAUCCACAAAUAAGCAUAGAUACAUUGUACGCAUAUUAUUUCCAUUCCUUCUAUAAUUAGUGCAUUCAUUACUUCCUGCCAAUGGUGCUAUCGCAGUACGCUAUCACUUACAGUCCAAUCCCGUGGCUUGCUGCAAGACUGCACAGGUGGUAUAGGAUAUACCGACCGCAAAAUCACGACGCAGUUUCCAAAUCUGAUAUUGCUGCAGAAAUGCAGACUGGGGUGUAAGUAGUUAGGUGAAACAGAGAAGCAUGCAGCACAACAACGAAUCCCCCUCUCUGCAAGAACAAUAAAUUCAUCACUCACAAGGAAUGGGGACUUUAACCGGUUAUUUUUUAGUUGAAUAGAUGAUGUCCACAUUAUGAAGUAACAGAGAAGGCAACAAACCGUGCAUUAUGAGUUAAUGGUAACCGUCCAUUCUCACAACAUUACAGUUUGCACUAUGGAAAGCCAAUGGGGAUUUUAAAAAAAAAUCAUAAAUACAAGAAUGAUAAAAUGCCGAUACAUUGUGUAAUAUAUAUAUACAAUAUUAUAUUGUAAAUAAGCAUUUGUUUUUGUAUUUACUAUGACUGCGCUAUGAGAAUACGGUACAAGAAAUGCAGGUUCCAUUGCAGACAGGUACACCUCUGCCAGUAUUUUAUUUCUGUGCAGCAAAUAUCUGCGGAUCGUUCAGGAAAUUCUUAUGUGUCUGACUGUGCGAUCCUAUGCAGAGUUUCACAGGUUUGGAAGGGUGUCAGUCUUACUGCAACGGUACCAACAUACAUAUCGGGCUGUUCACUUGCUUAUGGUGCCACUUCCCUGUUGUACGCCAUGUUGCUCCCGUGUAAGAGUCCCACGCAUGUUUCAAGAUGCAGCAUGUAGAUUAGUGGAUCGGAGCAACUGCAGAUGUAACAGCCGCCAGAUCAGAAAUGUAAUCCAUAGGACAAAAAUGUGUUCAUUCUCCAAAGUUUUAGAUGAAUGAGAUACACUGUUCGAUAAACAGAGGACAUUAUAGGUGGAAUCCAAAGCCGACCGUCCACACACAGCAAACUGAUCCUGCUCUCAGAAGGGCUGCUUUGCACUAGAGCACUACAUUUGUGGAACUCGAUCCAAAUAUUCCCCCGCCCCCUGCUCGUACAGAGUUUUGGACAGAGGUCAUUUCGG